AUGGAAAAAAGGGCAAUAAGCAAAGCAAACUUGAAGCACAUUCAACUUACUAAGUCAUCAGGUAGCAUUCAUGAACAACUAUCUUCAAGCCAUAAAUUGAUUGUUGAAAAGAAUAGAAAAUAUAUAAAAACUCUUAUUGAAAUAACUUUAUUUUUGGGAAACCAAGGACUGGCUUUCAGAGGGCAUGAUGAAUCUAAACUUUCUUCAAAUAAAGGAAAUUUUAAAGAAACAUGUGAUUUACUGGCAAAAAAUUGCCCUGAAUUUGAAGAAAAGUAUAGCAACACAACUAAUUUCACGAGUCAUUUAAUUCAAGAUGAAUUGGUAAACUUAUCUGCAGCGAGCAUUCGGUCCAAAAUAACCGAGGAAAUAAAAUGUAAUAAAGUAUUUGGAAUUAUGAUUGAUGAAGCAAGAUGUUUUAAGGAAGAACAGAUGUCUGUAUGUGUCAGAUACACUGUUGGUCUAAAUGUUGUUGAACGUUUUCUGGGUUUUGUAGACGUUUCAGAAAAUCAAAAUGCCGAAUUAUUAUGUGCUAAAAUAUUUGAAUUUCUUACUGAGAACCAAUUGGAUAAAUAUCACAUUGUAGCACAAUCAUACGACGGCGCCAGUGUCAUGUCUGGCAAAUUUAACGGUGUUCAAUCCAAAGUAAAAAACAAAUUUCCCUAUGCUAUUUACACCCAUUGCAUGGCUCAUCGGAUGAACCCUGUAGUUAUUGAUAUGUGUAAAAUUGUAAAGGAAACUAGAACUGUUUUCAACACAAUAGAAUCAUUGUAUAAGCACUUUUCUCAUCCUACUAAAAAUAAAACUCUAGUUACUAUGCAAAGGAAAUUAGGAGUUAAAAUAUCAAAAAUAAAUUCUCUGAGUGAUACAAGAUGGAAUUGUAGAUGGAAAAACUGUGAGUCAGUUAUAAACAAUUAUGAAGCAAUUAUUGUAGUUUUGCAAGAAGAAAUAGAUAAUCAACUGGACCGAAAUGUAAAUGAAGCUAUAGGUAUACUUUCAAUAAUGCAAAAAGGAUCAUUUGUUAUUCGUGUGAACGUAGUUUUUCUGCAAUGA